UGUGAGCUGCGUGCGCGCGCCCCGGGGGGAGGGGAGAUGCAGGGCGUGCGUUACCCGCUGUUCGCGCUCUCACCUGCAGCACGAGGAGAAGCGGUUGGAGCCGCAGCGCUGGUCAAGCCGCAAGCUGCUGCUUACCUGCACCGGGUGUGGGGGGAGGGGGGUUGAGAGAGAGAGAAAGAGAGGGAGGAAGGGUUGGGGGACUGUACCUGGUGUGUGCAUCGCCGGCUAAAAUCACCAGCGAACAUUUAUCCGAGGAAGAAACAAGAGAUCUAGCCAGGGAGUGAGAAGACUGAGAGAGAGAAGUGGAGCCUGCAACACCAUCAGAGGCUGCGAAUGCUUGAUUUAACUUGGUUCAACAACAGACAGUCGGAAUCUGGGCGAAAACAAAAAGUAACAUGGCACGGCAGUAGAAAUGUUAGAAUCUGGAUAAACUUUUUUUUCUCGGGGGGGAGAUCCGAGGAUUUCUUUUGCAAUAAAGACCCCGCAAUUAAAACCGCGCAAGGCUGCAUUUGGAGAAACCACCCCGGCAGAGGAGGCAAAAGGAGGACGAUCGCCUACGAAGCGGGUUGCUGCAGAUCGAGAACUAGUAACAAUGCUGUUGUGCGCAUUUCCAAAGGGGCAACGAAUUGGGAUUUCUUUGUGUGACACUCGGAGCUAGUUCCCCUUUCCUUUCGUUUGUUGGGCAGGUAGUGGCUGGGAGCGAAAGCACUCACAUCGAGAGAACCAAGUUAAGGCUGUCAGAGUAUAAAUCUGGCCAGUUACCCAUAUUAUGUCCGCACUUCGAAGAAAAUUUGGUGACAAUUACCAAGUAGUGACCACCUUGUCCAGUGGCUCUGGAUUUAAUCAGCCUCCCAAGAAAAAGAGGCAGAGGUUUGUAGAUAAGAACGGGCGUUGUAAUGUGCAGCACGGGAACCUGAGCGGCGAAACUAGCCGUUAUCUUUCGGAUUUAUUUACCACGUUAGUUGAUUUGAAAUGGCGCUGGAAUUUGUUCAUUUUUAUUCUCACAUACACGGUGGCUUGGCUCUUUAUGGCGUCGAUGUGGUGGCUAAUUGCUUAUAUCCGCGGCGAUCUCAACAAAGCUCAUGAUGAGAAGUACACCCCUUGUGUUGCCAACGUCUACAACUUUCCUUCUGCCUUCUUGUUCUUUAUUGAGACGGAGGCCACCAUCGGUUACGGGUACAGGUACAUCACUGACAAAUGUCCAGAGGGGAUCAUUCUUUUCCUCCUUCAGUCCAUUCUGGGCUCCAUUGUGGAUGCAUUCUUGAUUGGUUGCAUGUUUAUAAAAAUGUCUCAACCCAAGAAGCGAGCAGAGACGCUGAUGUUCAGUGAACAUGCGGUGAUUUCCAUGAGAGAUGGUAAACUGACUCUGAUGUUCAGAGUAGGAAACCUCCGAAACAGCCAUAUGGUGUCGGCACAGAUACGCUGUAAAUUGCUCAAAUCUCGGCAGACGCCCGAGGGUGAAUUCUUGCCCCUCGAUCAACUAGAACUGGACGUGGGAUUUAGCACAGGGGCAGAUCAGCUUUUCCUCGUCUCCCCACUCACUAUCUGCCAUGUGAUUGAUAGCAAGAGCCCUUUCUACGACCUCUCCCAGCGAUCAAUGCAAACGGAGCAAUUCGAGAUAGUCGUUAUCCUUGAGGGAAUCGUCGAAACGACUGGCAUGACAUGCCAAGCAAGGACAUCAUACACAGAAGAUGAAGUUCUUUGGGGUAAUCGUUUUUUCCCAGUUAUUUCCCUGGAAGAAGGAUUCUUCAAAGUGGAUUACUCUCAAUUUCAUGCAACAUUUGAAAUUCCAACGCCACCGUACAGUGUAAAAGAACAAGAGGAAAUGCUAUUUAUGACUUCUCCUUUGAUGGCCCCAGCUGUUAACAACAGCAGAGGCACUAUGCCAGAUAGGAAUGAUUCUGUGGACUGCUUUGAUAGUGUUGACGAUUUAAGUACCAGGAUACCAUUGAAACUGCAGAAGAUCACAGGGAGGGAAGAUCUACCCAAAAAAUUACAAAGAAUGAGUUCUACCACUUCAGAAAAAGCAUACAGUAUGGGAGAUCUACCAAUGAAGCUGCAACGAAUCAGCUCAGUUCCAGGAAAUUCUGAGGAAAAACUGGUGCCAAAGACCAGUAAAGUGACCUGUGACCCAAUGAGCCAAUCUGUGGCUGAUCUGCCACCAAAACUACAGAGACUAGCAGGUGGUUCAAGGAUUGAGGGAAACCUUCCUCCCAAACUGAGGAAAAUGAAUUCUGAACGUUUUACGUAACUUCAGGAACUUUUUGAUGGACACUAAAAUCUAAUUUUUGAUCAAAGGCAAUUCUACUGUAAUUUUCAAACUUUAAUGGAACUAAUAUACUGCAAUUAAUAUUUACAAAUUAGGGCAAAGUUUCAUUAGCACUACUUGCAUUCUGAGAUGUUAAUUAAACAGCAGCAGUGAAAUGUAAUGUUUAUUGCUUUGAUACAAGACCUAAGCCACUUUAAAUUCAUUGUAAUAUUACCAUUAACAAGCAUGUAGUAUCACAAACAGCAUGCAGUAAUAAGCACAGCUCUUGCAUAUAGUUUUAUGGCAUGAUUCACAUUAAAUUAUAUUUAUUCAGUAGUAGCAAAAAAAAUUCAUAAGAGGUUUUGCUAUGCCUCAUAAAAUGUAUUACAGAAUAGGAUUCAAAAGUCCAGCAGACUGUAUUAGUAAAGAGAAUGGAUAUCUUUUGUUGAUUGAAUUCACAUUUUAAAUUAAAAUUAAGAUGAUUAUCUUCAAUACUUACAUACUUAUGUAUAUUAAAUUAUAAUAUGUUCUAUUUAAACUAGUCCUUUUCAAUGCAUGUUUUUCUUACUAAAUUAGAGAAGGCUAUAGGCAAUACGGAGCAUGCAGAGCUCUUGACAGAAAGAUUUAGCCUUAAAUGAUCUGGUAUCUUCCUGUUUUAUGUUUUAUUGCCCUCACUUUAUUUUUGUUUAGUUUUGAAGUAAUGUUUUUUUUCGAGUAUACACAGACAAUGAGCGUGGUGGUGCUGGCUGCAGUAAAGAUGAGAGAAAAGGAAAAGACGAUUUAUGGUAACAUGACUGCACAGCAGGUCUGUGUUUAAGCAUCACAAAUAACACCAUUUUUCUUCAGCCUGCAUCAUAAUAUGAAAUGUAAGAAGUCAAAAGUUACCAAAUUAGGGGUUUCUUCAGGCAAACAGACUUUAUGCAUGUAAGCAUAAGAUUAUUUGAAUUACUCAAGGAAUAUGGAAUACUUGUAUUUAUCCCUACUGCAGCCUCGGUUUUUAGCUGAAACUAUGCUGAAUUUAUCAAUUGUUUAUGCUGUUUCAUUUUUACAGACUGCAGUGUUCUUUGUCAAUAAUGUAUAAUAGCUUUUGCAUCAGAUUUUUGUUAAAAUCUAUUUUAAAGUCUUUAGCUACUAUGCAAAAUAGUGAAACUAGUUUCAACAAAAUUAAUGCAUAUGAAUGUUAUGUAAGUGUUUUUCUUUUGCUUCCAUCAAAAUGAAUUAUCUUUUGUCCAGAACAGGGAAAAUGUUUGACUUUAAUUCACCUGUGUCUUUUUUUUUCUGCUUCCAAUAUUCAUUGUUCACAUUGUAACCCUAUUUAUUUUUUAGUUUCCAAAUUUAUUGUAAUCAGUUACAGUUGUGUAAUAGAUUAUUUACUGACAUUAUAACUUUAGAUGUAGGAUGGAUUAAUGAAACAAAGCCUACAAGUGCUAUUUAUGAUCAAACUGACGUCCUCAGUGACAGUGAUCACAUUUUGUGAUGUAUUCUGUUGAAUUCCUAUAGUAAGAUAAGUGAUGUGAAUUGCAAAUAAUUUUAUUGAGGAAGAAACUCUUUUGUGGAUUAAGAGUUUGGACUGUUCACUGAAAACAGUUUGAGUGUAAAUGUGUAUACAAAAGUCAAUUUACCUAGGGAAAGGUACAUUUUGCAAAGGGCAUUUCUAAAUAUAAAUUUAUACAAUGAUGUGCUUAUAGGUAAAUUUAUAAAUUCUGUAAUGCUAGAAGUUGCACGAAGAAUCACUGCUUAAUUUAUCCCAUUAAACCCCAUUGUUUCAGAAUGUGGUGUUGCAAAAACAAAAAUAAAUCAUUAGGCCAAGAACAGAUAUAGAGUCCCAGCAGAAAGAACAGAUACUUUAGAGAAAGUAGUAAAUUAAACAAGACUUUAAUCUGUUUCAUGAAAUAUUACGUGUAAAAUGAAAGAAUUAUUUAGUUUAGAUUAUUCUGACUGGCAAAUUCUAGGCUCAGCCAAUAACCAUUUAAGAAGCAUCAACUCAAAACCAUUGGUUUUGAUUUGUAAGUUUAAAACUACUUGCCCAGUAUUAACUAUCAUGAUCAAUUAUCACCUAUCUUGACCAUAUAACAUUACAAUUACUUAUGAUUUCAGAUGGAAUUCUGUUUUGUUUUUGCUUUGAGAAGAGUGAAUCAUCAUUAGCACCUAUUUACUAAAGUAAUCUCACAGGUAUAAAUAAUUGUUAUCCAUUUUGACUUUUCUUUCCAUUUUCUUCCCCAAAAGUUUUAACCACCUGAAGUCAGUGAUGCAUUUUGGUCAUUUUGGAUGCUAUAAUAACCACUUAUUGCAGUACUUUUGAAAUUGGUUAUUAGUUUAAUACAAGUGCUCAAGCUCACCUCAAACACGUCUCCUUGUUCUCAUUUCCAGUGAUGUCAGUUGAAACUGAGAAAAUGUUUAACUAAUAACUGAACCAAUAUUAUUUGCUUCAAACUGUAAUCUGUACUACAAAUGUUUGUGAACGGUGCGUCAACUGUUGACAGGAUAUCACCCUGUGAUGUCCACACUUCCACUUUCAAGGAGAAGUCAAUGGAUAGGUACCUUAGUUAAUUUUCCCCUCCCAAUACAGCCUUUGCUCAAAUCAUCUAAUACAAAGCAUAGAAUUACCCUAAUUUAGGGACAUCCAAUAGACACAGAACAAUACAACUCAGUUUUUCUACAAGGUAAUUUAAUUUACUUAAAACAUUAGCAUCCUUAAAAAUCACUGACAGAAUGCAUUUGUAUUAGUCAUUGACUGCAAUUAUAAAAAUAGUUGAAUUAAUGAUACAUUUGGAACUAGUUAGCCACUGUAGAAUGUUCAUUAUCUGUCAUGAAUGUUUGUGACUAGGGCAUCAGCUGAAUUGAGAAAUGCAGAUCUGCCUGAACCCAAUAUGGCAGCAUAAAUAUAUUUUGUAGAGGCAUGGUCAGCAGUUUCUCUCACCAAAAACUGGGCACAAUCUCUUGCACUAAGACAACUUUUAAAACUUUUUAAUGUACUCUGUGCCAGAAUUUCUGCAAGUGUCACACUGGUCUACAGCUGAAGUAGAGAGACCAGUGAAAAUCAUAUGGAAUAUAUAAAUGCAGGUUUAGAAUUGUUUAUAUUCUUCUUUGGAAUGUCAUUGGUCUCAUAGCAAAGAUUCAGGGCUGUUGAGGUCUACAUUGUUGAGUUAUGGUCUAUUGCUUGGUCAUCGUUCAUCUCUUGGUCAUACAGCCCUACCCAAUGCUCCCUCAAUCUCGAGUCUAGACCUCUUUCCUUUAUUUUUUAGCUCUGAAUUUGGUUUCCCACCAGCGGUGUGCAGAUUUGGAUUUCACCUCAUGCCUAGUCCAAUGCCUCCAUUUCCUGGCUUCCUUUCCUUGUAUCUCUAUCAUCAUGCCUUUUGGUUUUCAACUAUGGGAAGACACCAACCAUUUAAAAACAGAAUCUGCCUUGUCUGGUUUUGGUGGAUAUCAACCAGAUAAAUCAGACUUGCACAGAUCUUUUGAUCAGAUUGCACUGUAUUUGUGCUAUUUUCAUUCAGUUCGCUCACGCUGUUGGUUUUAGUAAAACAUCCCAGGCCAAUGCCCCAGUUAUAUUAAUGAAUUGACUGUUCAAACAAAAAUAAAUGAACUGCAAUUGAUACAAAACCAAUUAUGAAUAAAAUCAUAAUCUUUGGCACGUAGAUUUUUUAAAAGCAACUACACUACCAUGUAGUAAAAAUCCAAUCCACGCAAAAUGUUUAAUCAGUAAUGAAUUUCAUGAAAGAUAUUGCACAAAUUGUUUUCUUUCAGGUGUUACUUCAUUCAGUUUUCAAUAUGUAACUUUGUGUCUAAUUC